CAAAAUAUUUAACUAAAAUAUGCGUCUCCAUCUAAUAAAACUCGAACCCCAUUGGUCUGCUCCUCUGCACCUGUCCUUCAUUUCAGCCAAUCACAGCGCGACCUCACGCACCUCCAAGAUGGCGACGUCCAUCCAGAACCGCUGUAGGCACAUUCUGUGUUGGCAAAAUACUCGCGAUAACUAAUCAAAACAAAGUCAUUCACAAGCGGCAAUACAACUAAUCAUAUCGUUUUCGCCUUUGGAUAUCUGCACAUGUCAGUUGACGGGGUGGUGUUCGGUUUCAUGGCUGUUUCGGAGUGAAAUUGGGCGUCCUCUCGCCAUGGCCACCGACAACAGGAUUCAUUUCUGGAGGAGAAACCAAAAGAUUCCCGGGAGCUUACAGCCAGUAUAUGGAGCCCAACACCCUCCUCUGGACCCACGGAGACACCGUCCAUUAAAAGACACUCCGAAGUCCAGCAGUGUGAACACCAAAUCCAAAAAACCUGCAACUUUCCACGAAUUUGCCCGGAGCACCAAUGAUGCAUGGGACCUUGAUGAUGAAGAGGAUGACUGUAUGUUCAGUCUCAAACAGUCCUCAUCUUCCCCUGUCCAAUCACGAUCUACGCCUCAGACGCCUCGACUCAAACUCUUCAAAGCCCCGGAGGACACAGAGCCAUUGCCCCGCCUACCAGACAGGCAGAAACCAAUCAGCACAAACCUCGAUCAAGAUGGACUGGAUGUUGAAAGUGGCCCAGCCAAUGGCAGGGUGGUGAAGUCCUGUAGCGACGCCCAGUUGAAUGUGACUGCAGCUCGCAAUACCCUGCAGAAACAGCAGUCACUUCCUGUGCGUCCCAUCAUUCCAUUAGUUGCCCGCAUUUCAGACCAAAAUGCCUCAGGAGCUCCUCCCAUGACAGUGAGAGAGAAGACUCGACUGGAUAAAUUUAAGCAGCUACUUGCCAGCCCCAACACAGACCUGGAGGAGUUACGGAAACAUAGCUGGUCGGGAAUCCCUCGUGAGGUCCGGCCAGUCACCUGGAGACUUUUAUCGGGCUAUCUUCCUGCCAACAGGGAACGCAGGGAUCUGGUUCUCCAGAGGAAGAGGGAGGAGUAUUUUGGCUUCAUCGAGCAGUAUUACCACUCCAGAACAGAUGAUAACCACAGAGACACAUACAGACAGAUUCACAUCGACAUCCCGAGGACGAACCCUUUGAUUCCUUUGUUCCAGCAGCCGCUGGUGCAGGAGGUGUUUGAGCGGAUUCUCUUCAUCUGGGCCAUCCGUCACCCCGCUAGUGGAUACGUGCAGGGCAUUAACGACCUCGUCACCCCUUUUUUUGUGGUCUUCCUCUCUGAAUUCGUUGAGGAAGAUGUGGAAAAUUUUGAAAUGGCAAGCUUACCGCUGGAUACGCAACGAAACAUCGAAGCUGACAGCUUUUGGUGCAUGAGCAAGUUGCUGGAUGGGAUUCAGGACAACUACACGUUCGCCCAGCCUGGCAUCCAGAUUAAAGUGAAGGCGCUGGAAGAGCUUGUCAGCAGAAUAGAUGAGGAUGUCCACAUUCACUUUCAGAAGUGUGAGGUGGAGUAUCUGCAGUUUGCUUUCCGCUGGAUGAAUAAUCUGCUGAUGAGAGAGCUGCCGCUGCGCUGUACCAUACGCCUGUGGGACACAUACCAGGCGGAGUCAGAGGGAUUCUCACAUUUCCACCUCUACGUGUGCGCCGCCUUCCUCAUCAAAUGGCGGAAAGAGAUCCUCUCCAUGCUGGACUUUCAGAGCCUGCUAAUUCUCCUGCAGAACCUUCCCACAAUACACUGGGGCAACGAAGAGGUGGGUUUACUACUGGCAGAGGCCUACAGACUCAAAUACAUGUUCGCUGACGCUCCGAGCCACUACAAGAGAUGAGAACCCGUAACCAGACCACGACGAGACUCCGCAAAACCCAGACGAUGAUCUGACCUAACAACGACACUUCUUCGCUCGGUUUAAUCUGACACAGUGAAGUUAGAGCUCACCAAUUUUCGCCAAUGACGUCAAAUUUGUGUCAUCGUCUUUUACAAUUCACAAUAGAGAAUGAGACAAAACGGAUAUUUUGGAAAAAAAUAAACUGCAAUCUUGAUGUCUGACAGUUCAAUUUGCCUGCAGAGGACUUCAGAAGAUAACUGACACCGAGAUGCCAAGCGCUGUGGAACAGAAAGCGCUUUGAGAGUAUAAACAGACGGACAUGACACACUGGCAUUGUUUCUCCGAAGGCUUCCUCCAUUUGUUACCUCAGAUGUGAAGAAACCAUCUCUCUCGGUUUUAUUUUUGUGGCAGCCCCCCCCCCCAUGAUGUUCUCUUGCUUUGUUAUUAGAGCAUAAUGUGAUCUCCUCUGACCUUUUGCUCAUUGCGACAUUGAUUGUACACGGGUCGAUUCCCGUUGAAAUCACUCGGAGACGGCGUUAUUGAAGCUCUGCAAUACAUGAAACUAUGGCAGCCGUAAAGGGUCAUUUCUCAAGAGACGCAGCCAAGCAUUACGGAUUCGAAGAAUCGAUAUGCAACCUCCAGAGGAUUUGUUUGGGUUUAGUUUUGGGUUUUUAUGUUUUAUUUAGACUGUAUAUUAACAAUCAAACGUGAGAAUCUAAUCUUUUAAAGUGGCUUUGUAUUCGUAUGAAGCUCUUGCACAAUUAUUUCUUAGAAAACUGGUACUUUUAGAGCUUUAGUAUAAGCGUUGGACGACUACUACUGAUGUAACGUUUCGGCGAAGACGGCUGAAUCAAACUGCAGUGAAAUAUUAAUGUGACUAUAAAGAAUGAAUCAGUGUGAUGUGAGGUCAGCAUCACUGGAGUCGUGUUGAAAGAAACCUACUGACUUGGAGACGGAUUGAAGGGUUUUGGUUUUCUCUGUGUGGUACUGGAGCGUAAUACCUGGCAGACACGCUUCAAGCUCCACAAAUCGUAAUCUUAAAUACUGUUGAAGAACUGUAGAUGAAGUCUCAAAGCACUGUGAAAAGGCAUCUACCGUCCAUUUAAUCUCCCCUGGCAACCAAAUUAUGCAGAUGCUUAUGCUAAUCAGAUGUAGAUGAUCUGAUUAUCUCCCCUUUCCCUUUGAACCCUUGUUUCACCUCUCGGUAUAUUUAUUAACUCCGGCUGAUUCGUUUUGAUUGGUGAUUAAUUGUUCAAGUUCUGAAUCUUUCCAAAGUAGAUGUGUGAUCUUUAUAAACUGGAGCGUAAUGCGAAAUGAUUUUCUCGGACUUAUCAAAAGCAGAUAUUGUCAUUAAAUCCUAUAAUCUUUUCGUAUAACUUGGACCAACCCCCUGCAUGGAUAAUCUGAAUAAUAAAUUAAAUAAGUGUCUUUCUGCUUUAAUUAUUGAAGCGAGUGGAUGGUAUUGAUUAGAGGAAGGCGUCAGGAUCAGUUAAAAGUGAUGCUGUUGAACUUCCAGCUCAGCGCUGUGGAGGAUUUUGAGUUUGCUGAUGUUAAACGCUUAAAUAAUGUACAUUUUGUCGACUCGCUGUCCUUGUUCAUCCGUCAGUGACAUUUGAACCUCCCUGCGCCGUACGGUCUUGCUGUUGCAAUCUAUUUUUGAUGAAGCAUUUGCAGUGCUGGACUCUUAUUUUGAAGUGAACUGGAAUGUGUAUGUCUUUAGGUUUAUACUUUUAAUGAGCUGAUACUCACUCCAGAGAUAAUUAGUUUGCUCGUCACCCCUUUAAAGUGCGCUAAUGAAAGGGUGACUUAUUGUCUCAAGGGUUGAGAUUGCUGACCCUGGUGAGGAGAUGAGGUGGUAAUUAUUCAUGAGAUGCACUGAGUGAAUUUACAGAUUAGCUCCCGUUUUUAGUCUUUUGAAUGAUGAAAGUCUGAAGAUUUGUUAAGUCAACAUGAAAUCAAAAUGGACACCAUUUACUUCCUUAAUACAUAUUGCCUGCGAGUCAUUAGAGCACAUUGUGAUUUGGCCUUCAUAAUUACCGUCUCUGAAACACGUUUUUUAUUUUCUACUGAUGUUAUUUAGGUCAAAGUUAACCAUCAGCCUCCAUGUCUGGCUCUUGUACACACCCUUUCUCAAUGCCUUAUCAAAAGUGUAACGCGUUUUGUCUCGCU